UGUGAACAAUUGUCCUUCUGCGGCUUCCGUAUGACGGAAUAGUGUUUGGUUUUUUGCUUUAUGCUAGCGACUCAAAACAGCUAAGGUGACGAAAUGGCUGAAUACGCACGUGUAAAAUCUACCAAACUAGUUUUUAAAGGUUCCGAUAAAGGGAAAAAGAAGAAGAACAAAGAUAAGAAGAGAAAAGCUGGAGAUCAAGAUGAAAAACCUGAUAUCGUUGCUGGUUGGUGGGUUGUCAGUAGUUUUGGAGAAAUUACGGGAACGGUUGCCAUAGAGAUGCACAACAACUCAUAUAUCCAUGCCCUUGAUACUGGACUCUUCACAGUUGGUGCACCACACAAAGAAGAUGAAGGACCAGACCCACCAGAACAGUUCACAGCGGUCAAGCUCUCCGACUCACGGAUAGCUUUGAAAUCUGGAUACGGAAAGUUCCUGGGCAUCAACUCUGAGGGGUUGGUGAUUGGGCGCUCUGACGCCAUCGGCGCCAGGGAACAGUGGGAACCGGUCUUCCAGAGUGGCAAGAUGGCUCUCCUGGCAGCAAAUAGCUGCUUCAUUUCCUACAGUGAAAGUGGAGACAUUGAAGCCAACAGUAAGACGGCAGGAGACGGAGAAAUGCUGAAGAUCCGAACCAACACAGAACGAGAGGUCAAGCGUAAAGACGACAUUGCAGAUGAAGAUCGAGGCAAUGUCAAAUCCUGUGAGAUCAAUUACGUGAAUGAAGAAGAUGCCACCACGUUAAAGAGAGCCCGGGUGGAUGGAAAGUUUCACGAAGCUUUGCUUGACAGGAGAAGCAAAAUGAAAGCUGACAGGUACUGCAAAUGAAGACUCAUGGACUCCUGCGUGUCUUUUUACCACAGGGAUUCUGCGGAGGUCGUUGUCGCCAACGCCACACUGCAUACAGCUGUUUUGUCUUUGUAUUUUUAAUAAAUGUUCCUGAAUUUUAAGGAA